AUGCAAACCAAGUAUCCAUUUAUAACCUCGACGAACGAUCUGCAGGAGACAAUGCUGAUGCUUGGAGUGAUAGUGACGAAAAAGUGCUCUUUAAAUCUGGUAUGUAAUGAAAGUGAGGUCUGGGGAAUACUAAAAUCUAUCACCCCCUGCACCCCACACUAUCCGAACGUUAAGCGGAUUACCCACUCUUGUUCGGCUCGCGAUGUAAGAACCUUUCUCAAGUCCUCUCGACACCCCGCGAACGUUUUUGCGUUGGUAAACCAAUAGAAAUCUGUUACUAAAUUGCUACUUUCACAUGUAGCUGCAUGGUCCUGGCUUUAAAAUAUUUACUCUUUUCUAAGAUUUUCUGACCAGGAUGAACCUUAUCAAACUGCGAAGACCAACCUAGAGUAGCCAAAGUGCAGACUAUGGUAUACGGAGGGCUUUUCGGUUGAUCCUAAUGUAAAACCAACGUUACCUCUAAGCCAAUUAUAACAAGGAUAUUUAUCAAAUGAAUCGAAUGAAAGGUCAAAGAAAAUACAUGUGAAGUAAACUACCGGAAGCAUAAGAAAACGCGACCCACUAGAUUUCCUUGAUGGAUUUUAGUAGGCAUCUGAUUGGUCGAUAGCACGAUGCUAGUUUUCUUCACCAAUUACCGUAGGGGUAGAAUUAAAACUAAUGCAAUCCAUUAUAACUUUUCACAUUCAGCUGAGAGUUUCUCUCUAUCUGACAAUUGUGAUCCUUUCUUUCUUAUCCAGCAAUUGAAAGACAAGCUCACUAACAGCUACUUAAAGCUCUCUAACUACAUCACACCACUGUACAUGGCCUACUCUUAUGAAGAAGCACAUGGGCCCCAGUACACGGUGCUAGCAAGUGUACUCAGGGAGACCAGCUUUUUCCUGAAUAGUACAGUUAGCACUGUAAGACAUGAGGUAAUAUUCUCCCUAAUUCUCAGUAUUCAAGAGGACAUUCCUCUGAUCAUUAAUAACUUACUUACAAGCACCUAUAGUAGCGAUUACUGCACUCAAAAACCUAGGAUAUUUUAAGGUAAAGUGUGGUUCGUAAAGGUCACGUGAUUGAAGUGAUGCAUGAAACAUGAGGGUUACACUGGUACGACCAGCAUUUACCACAUUUAAUCUCGAUCAAGCAAAGUGUACAAGAGCAAAGGGUCUAAUAUUUGCGGAAGAUCGCGACAAGGGUAUGUUUCUCGUCCAGAUAUUCAGUUCAAUUAUCUUGGUAAAUGUAACAGAAGACCUCUUACUGGGCUAUUUUGCAGCUUCGUUGGCUGUGACUUUGUUAUCGUUCAUUUGAGCAUGAAUAAUUUUUCAUUGGUUUAAACUUCAGCUGCUGAUAAGAGGUCACUCCGUGCCCGCUGGUCAAGUUGUGUUGACGGAGAAGCAAUUAAAUCGAUACACUCGUGGAUAUCUACAAGAGCUUGUCAACCAAAACUGGCUGGUAAGUUUACAAAGCGAUACAAGAUCGUAAUCAUGUCGUCAAUUUUUAAUUCCAGUUUUCAUCAUGUUAUACUUGUUUUCUUAUGGAUACAGUUUUCCUUAAAUUAAAUAUCUCAUCAUCACGAUCAAGAUCUUUAUUUACUAAGCUUUUGGUUGAGGAUAAAAUAACAUGAAUAGUUUGACACGCUGUUUUCCAAGACAGUGACGUCCUGACUUAAAUGAGCACUGGCAUGCAGUCAGCAUUCGCUAGCGUUAGUUUCAUCAGUAGGAAAUGUAAUGAAUGUUAUUCAAGCUAAAGAUAAGUACAAAGGUGACGUGCUCCAAAAGCUCUUCCUCUUCUUACGCACUGAAAAAACGAGAAAAUCUAGCCAAACCCUUUACACCACAACAUCAGUGUGCAUAUUCUCCAUACUGUUCUCGAUACAUUUCCUAAGGUGCUGACAGAGAGACUUUGUUUCAUAAUCGAGAGCUUCUUUAAUGGUGAUCAUUUCCUUUUUUUUCCGUAAACUUAAUGUUUGAUUCAGGGGUGAUGUUGUUAAGAAAUGUUGACCUCUUUAUAAAAUUAGAAAUCUUACUUUUUAGAACCUUACAAUCACUGACGAUGUCGUGAGGAUUUACCGGAACUACGUCAUCUAUUCCACCUUUCAUGAUGUCAUUACUGAGGUGUACACGUGCGUCUUUGGUGUAUAA